AAAAAAAAAAAAAGAAGAAGAAGAGGUAAUACUAUUUCGCCCCAAUAGUAGUCUAAAUUAACGUUUUACCACCACUUAACAAACAAUAGGAAUAUCAACUAUAAUCAAUCCCACUUUCCAACGACCGGAAACCUGAAAGGCGACCAUGUCAAUACAAGACCAAGCGGCCGUGCUUUCACAAAUAGCUAUGGCGGCUGACGGCGCACUUGUCGGCUUAGCCCUAGCUUACGUGGCAGUACGUAGUAUUCUCAAAUUCAAAGCCAACUCUUCAUCUCUUCACAAAAUCGAAAACGCGCCAUCGCUAAGUGUAUCCGAUCUGCGUUCAUUACUUUCAUCAGAUACUUCAAGUCAAUCCGACGGUGGUAAGGUUGUGAUCGUACGUGGUAUUGUAGAGGCGAAAUCUGCUGUUGAGGGUAAUUGGAAGAGCUUGAGAGCUAAUGUUGUUUCUGCUCAUAAUUCUGAUGAAAAAGGCGUUAUAUUACAAAGGACUCAAACUUGUAUCUAUAAUGAGUGGAGAGGCUUCUUUUGGUGGCCUGGUGAUCUACAUUCAAUAUUUCCAAGAUUCCGGAAGGACCAAGAGUCUUCUUCUUUGAGAAUGGUUCCUUUUGUUCUUGUUGAAGCUGGGAGGUGGCCACAACCUGAAUAUGUUAAUGUAAACAUGGAUGGCUCAACGCAUCCCCUACCUCUUGUGACAGUUUAUCACCACUUGCAGCCUGUAAAUGCUACUCCGCUCACUUUCCUCCAAGCGCUCUUUGGUCAUCACUAUCCUGUUGGAGUAUUGGAUGAAGAAAAAAUUCUGCCACUCGGAAAAGAUGUAACCUCUGUUGGUGUUUGCAGCUCAAAAGAUGGGAUUUUUGAGAUAAAAUCGUGCAAGGACCUACCCUAUUUCUUGUCUGACAUGACCAAGGAUCAAAUGCUGGUAGAUCUUGCCUUCAAAACAAGAGUUUUGCUGUGGAGUGGAGUUGUGCUUGGUGCAGUUGCAGUUGGUGUCCUUGGCUAUGCUGUUGUGAGGAACUGGAAUCGAUGGAAGCAGUGGAGACACCAGAGGCAGGCCCAGCAACAAAGGGAUUCUGCAAGCAAUGACGCUGAUUCGCAGGUCAGUGCUGAUGAGGAAACUGAAGAUGUUCCCGAUGGUCAGUUGUGUGUGAUUUGCCUCAUGAGGAGGAGGCGUUCAGCAUUCGUUCCGUGUGGACAUCUGGUAUGUUGCCAGCGCUGUGCCUUGUCAGUUGAACGUGAUUUAGCACCCAAGUGUCCUUUAUGUAGGCAGCAUGCGGUGAAAACCGCAUUAGAUGGUUAACCUAUUCAUCCCGAAGUGAGAGGAUGGUGAUUGAUAGAACUGAUGGUAGAUGCCUUUUGCUGUGCCAAAGGUAUGAGAUAUUAAAAUCUAACAUGCAUGUUGUUUGUGUCUGUACAUACAUUUUUUGCUGCCUCGUUGUAUCCUUAAGUACAAUAUUCAUCAUAAAUAUUGUUCGGAAGAAAUCUUGUCAAUGUGGUAACUGCCAAAACAGCCAACAUUUGUACAUUAGCUUCCCCCACUUAAAGUAGUAUGCCAUGACUUGCUAGGGAGUCAUUUUGCUAAAAACUUGUACUAAACAAACUGUUGUUUCAUCAACUCACACAAUCAUUACAAAUCUAUGUUCUUUAAGUA